AUGGCAACAGACCUGGGAGUGGACAUUAAAAGACUGAAAACUGGUAAAGCUCGUAUUUACAAUGAAGGUGACGCGAACUAUAUCGAGCUAAAUGUACAUAAAGGCGUUUUGACUGUUAAAGAUAGAAUAGACAGGGAACAGCUCUGUGCAAGUAUAUCUCCCUGCAUUCUGAAUUUUCAAUUAAUCCUUGAAAACCCGAUGGAAUUACAUCGCGUCAUUGUGGAAAUUACUGAUGUUAACGAUAACGAUCCUCGAUUUCCAAGUAAUAAUGUUCAGCUAGAAAUUUAUGAAUCAUCGUUUGCCGGAGCCCGUUUUUUACUGCCAAGUGCUGUAGACCCUGAUUCCGGUAUUAAUAGCAUACAGACAUACGCUCUGUCAUCUACCGAUCAUUUUAAUUUAAAAAUGCGCACUAAUGCAGAUGGAAAUACAAUCGUCGAGUUACUUUUGAAAACCUCAUUGGAUCGAGAAAAACAAGAGGAGCAUGUAUUAUUGUUAACUGCAUUAGAUGGGGGUGAUCCUCGGCGGUCUGGCACGGUCGAGGUUCAUAUUAUUGUUCUGGAUGCGAAUGACAACGCACCCGUUUUUACACAGGAGCUUUAUAAAGCCACUGUUGAAGAAAACUCACCAAUAGGUGCUUCGUUGAUACGAGUCAGUGCCACUGAUGCAGACAAGGGGCUGUAUGGGAAAGUUACUUAUCAUUUUAAUCACGUUACAGAUGUGACGAAAAAUCUGUUUGCAAUUGACCCGGAAUCAGGUGAAAUAAAAGUUAUUGGGCAAAUUGAUUAUGAAAAUAAGAAAAUGUAUGAAUUAACAGUCCAGGCUAAAGACCACGGUGGACAUAUUAAUUCGAGUAAAGUGAUAAUAGAAAUCACAGAUGUAAACGAUAAUAAUCCUUCCAUUAACCUAAUGUCAGUCUCGAGUCAAAUACCUGAAGACUCCUCACCUGGUACGGUGAUAGCCAUUUUUAAAGUUCAAGAUAAAGAUUCUGGAAAAAAUGGUGAGGCGCACUGUUCCAUCGAGGACAGCAUUCCAUUCAGGUUAAAAUCUUCUUUAAAUAAUUUUUAUACAUUAGAAACGGAUGGAUUUCUAGACAGAGAAAAGACGCCUCAGUAUAAUAUAACAAUAAACGUGAAAGACAGCGGAUACCCUCCACUAUCUGCUAGCCAUACUUUAACACUUGAUAUAAAUGACGUGAAUGACAAUCCACCAAAGUUCGAUAAACAACAUUACACUGCAUAUAUUAUGGAAAAUAAUUCUCCUGGGUCUUCUUUUUUUGCGUUGCAAGCCACAGACCUGGAUUUAGGUUCAAACGGUAAAAUUGCUUACUAUGUUCAGGAAACUCGUGUUCAGAACUCAUCAGUGUCUUCUUAUGUUUCUGUUAAUUCCGAUGACGGUGUCCUCUAUGCAGUUCGUUCAUUCGAUUUUGAGCAAACGACUCAGUUUCAGGUCUCAGUGAUAGCCAAAGAUGGUGGAUCUCCACCUCUUAGUGCCACUGCUGUUAUAGAUGUGUUUGUUCAGGACCAGAAUGACAACGCACCUCGGAUUUUGUACCCCGUUCAAAGUAAAGGUUCUCUGGUGGCUGAGAUGGUACCCCGCAGUGCAGAUGUUGGAUAUCUUGUCACUAAAGUGGUUGCAGUUGACCAGGACUCGGGACAGAACGCAUGGCUCUCCUAUAAAAUUAUGAAACCUGCGGACCAGACACUUUUUGAGAUUGGAUUACAAAACGGAGAAGUGAGGACUCUUCGUCAAGUUACGGACAAGGAUUCUUUGAAACAAAGGUUAACCAUUUCAGUGGAAGAUAGCGGACGACCUUCGCUUUCUGCUACAAUAGUUGUGAAUGUAGCCGUUACUGAUGGCCUUCAUCAGGCACUUUUAGAACUUAAUGAUAUGUCACAGGGCACAGAAGCAGAUGCCAACAUCACGUUUUACUUAAUACUCGCCUUAGUGAUUGUUUCUUUUCUUUUCAUGACUUUCAUCAUAAUUCUAGUAUCAGUUAAACUAUACACGUGGAGACGAUCUAAACUGUAUAACAAAUGUGCCGGUGGAACCCUCCCAGUUAUUCCGUAUUAUCCACCGCACUAUGCGGAUGCUGUUGGAACAGGAACGCUUCGUCACGUCUACAAUUACGAAGUCUGCAUGACAGCUGAUUCUGGGAAGAGUGAAUUCAAGUUCAUAAGACCUACAAAUGGGACUUUGGUUCGCGUUGAUCCAAGUGGAACAGAAACAAUACCGCACACGACGAGCAAGAAUGCCAUUGAUGAGGAAGAUUUUAAGCAGGUAUGA